AUGGCCAAACCAGACUCUGUCCACGACGAAUGCCCAUCGUUGGCAAAGGAGGGCCAGGUGAUCGAGACUGAUCCCCCACAUGUGCCCUUGACGGAGGAGGACAGCAAACGGAUCUGCCGCAAGACCGAUCGGACCAUUCUGGUGAUAUUGAUCUGGGUUUACUUUCUGCAAAUUCUAGACAAGACGGUUCUUGGCUAUGGCGCGACAUUCGGUCUGCAGACCGAUACCCACUUGACCGGAAACCAAUACUCUUUGAUCGGAUCCAUUGCUCCAAUCGCCCAACUGGCCUGGCAGCCGUUCUCGUCAUACCUGAUCGUGAAGGUGCCGCAUAAGGUUCUGAUGCCUGCGCUGUGCUUGGGAUGGGGCAUCGCUCAGUCGUGUCUGGCGGCUUGCCAUAAUUUCCAGGAGUUGAUGGCGGCGCGUUUCUUCCUGGGCCUGUUCGAAGCCGGGUGUCUGCCCCUGUUUGGAGUCAUCACGAGUCAAUGGUACCGUCGUGCAGAGCAGCCGUUGCGCAUCGCCGCGUGGUAUGGUACCAAUGGACUGGCAACUAUUGUGGCGGCUGCACUGUCCUACGGCCUUGCACAUAUCAAGUCGGAUCUCUUACAAUCAUGGCAAAUCAUUUUCCUAUUUGUCGGCCUGGUGACUAUCGUCUCAGCCCCAAUUGUGUACUGGCGAAUGGACAACGAUAUAUCCACCGCUCGCUUCUUAACGGAGGAAGAAAAACUGCAGGGCAUGGAGCGACUCCGGGCCAAUCAAACAGGAACGGGAAAUACAGAGUUCAAAUUCAGCCAUGUGCUGGAGGCCGCACUGGAGCCAAAGACCUACUUGUGGAUCGGGAUGGCGAUGCUCCUCAACAUCGGCGCUAGCGUAACUAACACUUUCGGCCCAUUGAUUCUUGGUGGCCUGGGCUAUGAUAAGUACACCACUAGUCUGCUGACCAUGCCCUUUGGCGCGUUGCAAUCUAUCAUGAUUAUGCUCGCUAGCUAUCUUGCCCAUACUGCGCGCGUCAAGGGUGUUAUCUUGUCGGCGUUCAUGCUCCCGGUAGUGGCUGGAUUGGCUGUUCUCUACGCUGUCCCUCGAAACGAUUCCGCGAAUGGUGCGCUCCUUGCCGGAUACUAUCUUCUAGCUUUCCUCUUUGGUGGAAACCCGCUCGUUGUGACCUGGAUUGUCGGCAACACAGCCGGAAGUACCAAGAAGUCGGUCGCGAUGAGUUUAUUCAACGCCGCUUCCUCUGCCGGUAACAUCGUGGGCCCGUUGCUCUUCAGCGCAAAGGAUGCGCCAGAUUACCAUCCCGGUCUUCGUGCCUGUCUCGGCAUAUUUAGCGCAAUGGUUGCCAUUGUACUCGUCCAAUGGGCCAACCUAUGGUUCCUCAACAAGCAGCAAGCCCGCCGCCGCGUGCGCAAUGGGAAGUCUGCCCAGAUCGUUGAUCACUCGAUGCAGAGUAACUUCCAUGGCAUCGAAGAAACCGGCGAGGAGGCUGAAACGGGACACCAAGUCACUCAUGCGGGUGCACAUGUGGCUGAGGAUCUCACAGAUCGGGAGAAUGAUGAAUUUGUAUAUAUCUACUGA